AAGAUUUGCGCAUGCGUGGUACGGAUCGGGUAGUGACAGAGCGCUAGUAGCGUUAGCCUGUUAUUGAUCUUGUUGCGGAUGGCUGUGUAGCCGAUGAGUGUGGCACAUUGUUGCAGCAGCAAUGUCUUCAUUUGGUGGGUGGAGGAGCGUCAUUGGCGUGAGGCUGGAUGGAGCAUUUGAGGGAAUCUUCACAGAGUUUGAAAGUAAAAUGGAGCAGUGCGAGACGGAAGUGGAGCAUCAGCGCAGACUGCUGGAAAUCAUCCGGAACCCCGAAAUAAAGCUGCACAGAAUAGACCAACGCUGUAUCUGUACAAAGAAGGAGGAGGAAGAGGAAAUCUCUAUCCAGGAGAAGAAUGCCAGUCUGGAUCCGGAGGAUCAAAAACCUUCACUGAUUAAAGAGGAGCAGGAGGAGCUGUGCAUUAGUGAGAAAGGAGAGCAGCUUGUGCUAAAGCAGGAAAGUGAUGCCUUCAUGGUGACUCCUGUUUGUGAGGGCAGUGCCGAGCUUCUGUCCUGUUCUGUACCUGAGAGUCGAGAACAGGAAGGAGUCAAACAUGAAAACUCAGGAAUGCCCUUAAAAAUGGAACCAAAACCAAAGGAGGUCUGUAACAACGCAGACACAGACAACGGGCCGUAUUCCUGCAUGACAUGUGGGAAGGUUUUCGGCUACAGCGCUUCCUUCAAGCUCCACAUGAAAAGCCACACAUUUGAGAGGCCGUACUUCUGUGAAAAGUGCGGCAAAACGUUCAGAAAAAGCGAUAAGCUGCUGCUGCACAUGAGAACGCACACGGGGGAAAAGCCGUACCUCUGCAUCACCUGCGGAAAAAGCUUUAACGACCCGUCGGCGUUCAGGAGGCACAAGGCCAUACACACCGGCGAGAAGCGGCAUUCUUGCAUAACCUGCGGCAAACGUUUCUUCCACAGCAACAGCUUUCUCUGCCACAUGAGAACCCACACGGGCGAGAGGCCUUACCUCUGCACCACCUGCGGGAAUAGAUUUAUCAACGCCUCAAAGCUUAAAAGGCACAUGAGGACACACACGGACGAGAAGCCUCACGUCUGUAACACCUGCGGGAAGAGGUUCAUUCGCCUUUCCAGGUUGAGGAGUCACACGAGGAUUCACACGGGCGAGAAGCCGUACUCAUGCCAAAUAUGCCAGAAGGACUUCGCCUACACCUCUUCCUUGAAGGUCCACAUGAGAGUCCACACAGGCGAGAAGCCGUACGUUUGUGAGAAAUGUGGGGAAAGUUUCAGUCAGGCGGGGAGCCUAACCUCCCACAUGAGAAGUCACAUAGGUGAAAAAAUGUCCAGAAACACCUGUGAGGAGAAAAUUUGAGUGAAAAUGAGUUGAUUAGGUUUUGGUUUAAAGAGGGUUGUGUAACUUUGUGUAACUGUGCGUUAUACUGUACAAGAUGAGUCUGCCAUUAGAUUCAAGUCUAAUGUUGCGCUUAUGUGGUGCGUCAGUGGUAAUGCUCCAGUUGCACUGCGGGACGCAGCAGAGGACUGCAAAAAAAAUGGCUUUAAGGUCUGAAAAUUGAAGCCUGCAGUAUUUUUAAUGACCAGCAGGAGGCGACUCCUCUGGGUUGUAUGGAGUUUAUUGAUUCAUGAUCUCAGUGAACGCUUUCCUGUUCGUUUCUGGACUCAAACGCUGGUUUUAGGUUAUAUUUCAUAAAACGUGAAGCACAUUUUGUACAUUAGGCUCUGUAAUAAAGGCAGAUGAGGAUUAACAAAGUAUAUUUACUGUCUGACAUCCUGGGCAGAAGCUCCCCCACUUGUUUCAACACCAAGAUGGUAAAAAACAGCUUGAGGCUUCAUGACAUGAUGUCAUGGUGGAUACAUCCAUCUUUUAGAUGCAGUUUGUGGAGGCAUCUUUUUAUGAUGAAAUCCUUAAAAUCUGAGAAUUCACCAGCACUUCUGAAGCAUUACAUCUCUCAUUGUAAUAUAUGUAUGUUGGAUUAUGUGUUAGUGUCUCGUGUAUAUGAGAGGACUACAGACUUGUUUUUUUAAUAAAUAAUAUAAGAUGGGAAGGAGUGAUGAAAUGAGAGGCCGGCUGGCUCUUGUGGUUCAUCUACAGCAGUUGAAAUCUGAAAAAUCGGCCCUGCCAGUUUUUGUUUUUCUUCUAUUUUUAAAGGAUUUUUUCUUUGUAAACAAAAAAAUGUAGUCUCAAAGAGUGUAAAAGACAAUAAAAAUUCUUUUCAAUACCAA